GUGAUACAAAAAAAAUAGAUGAAAUAAAGCAGAGGAACAACUGUGUGUGUUACUCUCUCCAGGACGACAUGCAGACCUGUAAGGCCCAGAUGACGACAGUGAUGGAGGAGUUAGGACGCCUCAAAGCCAUCAACUCUCGCGUCGAGGUGCUGGAGGAAGCCCGACCCGACCUAGGACAGCAAGAUGACCAGGAGCAUGGAUGGGCAGCAGCGGCGUACUCCUCAUGCCCUCAGCCCUUCGCCAAAGUCAACGGGGAAUGUUUCUUCCUUUCUGCCGACGAACUGUUAGGAUGGGAAGACGCCAGGCGGGAGUGUGGGCGUUUGGGCGGCGACCUGGCCUCCCCACGCAGCCUGCCCUCCCUCAGAGAAUACCUUACUAGUGUACAAGAUCCUCCUGAGUACUUGUGGGUUGGUGGCUCACAGCACGAGGAUGGGCCAUGGCUCUGGUCAUCUGGCUCUCAGGCUGGGGUACCUGUGGACAUGAGCAAGGACACGUGGAACGAGGAGGUGCCCAGCGGGUCGGGCAAGUGCAUGGGACUCUUCGGCCAGAGCUCCUUCAGGGCCUACAACUACGAUUGCAAGGAGCAGGACUUCUUUGUGUGCCAGUACUACUUCUAGAUCCUGCUCCACACACUGCAGGAUACGACAACGAUUACAUUCUCGCAAAAAAUCAGUCAUUUCUGAAUUAUGGAAUUGCAGUACAGAAAUUAGAUUUAUAAUAAGGGUCAAGAUUUUAAAAGAUUUGAACGUCUUUUGUCUGAAAAGGAGCACCAGCAAUUUAUUUACGCCCAAUUCCUAAUAAAACUAUGCUAUUUUGACUGUCGUCUUAGAGAUAGCUUAUGUGAACCACUGUGAUGAGUCCGGUACAGUACUGGGAAGUCUUAAGGUAAGAAUCUUUGAGGAUCUUGUUCUUACUAAGGGACACCAGGAGGCAGAGCAGUGAUGUUGUGUUCUCACGGCCCAUCAAUGUCUCUAUAUACUGUACAGUAGUUUUUCUGUCAUGGGAGUAGUUUGUGAAAUUGGGAACAAAACCUCAAGUGAGUCAGCUGAAUGAAAUAGUAGUUGACCAGUAGUUGUCAGCAUGUACAGUACUGUACCUAGAAGUACUAAAACCCAAAUAACCAAUGUAUGUGUAUCGUUUAAAAACUAUAAAUAUAUUUAUUGUUCAGUCGAUUGGCGCCAUACGAGAUGUUUACAGCUCAGUGUAAGAUGACAACUGCCAUCACCAAGUUGGUAAUAGUCUGCAGGUUAGCAAGUAUGAAUCCAUCACACCUAUUUGUUGCAGUGCCUAUUUUGGGGAUUUCGUCUUGUCAUUAUAUCUUUAUUUCUCUGCAAUCAUCAGAAGAUGCAACUUGCUGAAUUCUUACAGCUUAAUGUGUAGAAACACUUACACGUGUAACACUUGGCAGCAACGAGCAACCUGCAGAUUAUAACUUCCUUUAAUAGAUCAUGUUGUUCUUGAGUGAACCUUUUUAUCUGUAUAACCUGGGGCCGCAUACUCAAAAGCAUUUACGGGACUGUAACGGUUUGUUUACCCCGUAACUGGUGUUACAGGUAUCUCCAUAAGCGAGUCCGUAUUCGAGAUUGUAACUUAAAGGACCUCCUUAGCUUCUGUAACACGCUCAACCCAGAUAGAGUAAGUCGCUAUUCCCGAUUGCAUAACAAAAAAAAAUAAUAUAUGUUGUAAUAAAGCUUGUUAGACUUGUUUUAUCAUAGAAUAAUGAAGAAAAUAUUUUAUACAUCAACAUACGAAAAUACGAUAUUACAGUUUGUCUUUUAAGUUAUUUUUUUUUUUACAAUAAGAAUUGGCUUGAAUGGAAGAGACAGCUUUUGUCUUCGUACAACUUUUCAAGUAAUUUGUACCAAAAUAGAAGAUUUGUAUUGUCCAUAUUUAUGGUACAAAUAUUUGUUAUGACUGAGUAAACUUGCAGAUAGACCUUAUUAAUGUGGUAUAGCCGUAUAUAUCCUCAUUAAUGAAAGCCAAAUACGAGGUCCAGUGAACAUUUUUGCCUUCUUUUUUGCAUAUUCAACCAAUAACCUGCGCCUUGGUAUGGCUAGGAUCAAGUUAUAACAAGCUAUUCUGUCAAGUAUCCAAGAAGUGCCCAUGACUCAUAGGUAAAUAAUACUUAACUAUCUAAGUUCAUCAAACCUAAUAAAAAAAGGUGGUAAAAGUUAACAGGUAUGGCAUUUUUUGUUAUUAUGUUCAUUGUUUUUUUUAUUUGAUACAUUCAGUCUUGUUUUUUUUUUGCUGCAAAAUUAGUGAAAUGUAUUUUACCCUAACAAAGCCUAACCUAACCUAACCUAACAUUACCCUACCUAACCUAACCUAAGAAAGCCACGCAAACAAUUAAGUUCUCUAGAAAAAUUUCAAUAUCUUUUUUAAAAAUACAUUUACAGAGACAACAAACCUUUUGAUAAUCAUUUCUCCAACAUAUCAAUAAAUCUGUUGAUGAUAUAUAAACCUAACUUAGGAUGACACUGUUAUGUAUUUUAACCUUUGUUCAUCUCUGCAACUGAAUUAUAAAAAAGGAAAGGUUAAGUUAAGUUAGGUAAGGUAAGGUAAACUACUCUAAGGUUAGGUUAGGUUAGGUAAGGCAUGUUAAGGUUAGGUUAGGUUAGGUUAGGUUAGGUUAGGUUAGGUAAGGUUAGGUUAGGUUAUGCUAGGGUAAGGUACAUUUCAAAAAUUUUGCUGCAAAAAAGAGUAUCACUACUGAUUGUAUUAAACCAAAAACCUAUGAAAAAAUACUUUUUGUAAGAAAAAAAUCUGAUACCACUGUUAUACAAUUUUACCAUCCCUCUACUGUAUAUAUAUUACUCAACCAUAAUGCUAUCUUCGCUAAUGACGCUUGAAGUACGCCUAGCAGCUGUGUUUUGGUAUGGGUUGUAUAGUAGAGAAAAUGGUCUUAUUUCCACCUUGCAAUAGCUUCCAAGAAUCUCAAAAGUCACCGUAAAUUAUGAAGGAAAGUCAGCCAUUUUAAAUUGAAUUGUGAACUUCGUAAGUAUUUAGUGUAUCACCACCGCAGAAGUUUAUGAACUUUUAAGCGCUUACGAUGUUCGUAACCCGUUAAUAAGUCUGGGCCCUGUUCAAAAGACAUUACGGCUGCUGAGAAUGCUGCUGUUCCUACCAUAAAGCAGCUUCAAAUGCGAGUAGUUGAGAGGCAAGAGGAGGUCCUUAUGUUCUGAAGGGAGCUUAACUUAAUUUAAGCAAUCUAAGUGUGUUUAAUCUAAUAAAUUAUGAGAACUUCCUCCUUGCUGAUAUUUGGUCGUCUCUUCUUUGCAGUAGGUCCCUCCAUCUUUGGUUCCCAAACAAACUACUAUCACGUGCGUCGAUCUCAUCUGAUUUCUACUUCUCUUCUGAUUGGUUGAUGAUUUUGUUAACUGAGCGACGAUUGGCCAACUAGCUCAUGCACUGCCAUCUACCUUCGGACAAGAGAACUGAAUUUACUGUAAUUAAAUUUUGAGUAUGAGAAAUUUACGGGAGUGUAAGCAGUCUGCUACUGUACGUAACUGAUGAGCGUUUUGAGUAUGCAGCCCCCAAAUCUGUAUAUCUGUGUCAGUUAACAACUAAGGCGGAUGAUUGUAUAAAGAUAUUCGUACGGUAAAUAUUAACACCGAACUAGUGACGAUAAUUUUAAUAACUUCUUGGGGGGAUUAUUGUGGGGUAGUUUAGGUUAACCAAUAGGAGUCAUUCUAAAACCUCCAGUUAAGAGACAUUUAUCGUACGAAUGUUUUAGAAUGUGUAAGUCCCACACCUAUUGUUUAUUAAACAUGACCUCAGAGUUGUAAAGUAACUAAAUAAAUUUACCUGACUACUGUACUCAAGUAACA